AUGGGCUUGACGUCAGAUGCUUUGUUGAAUAGGAUUGCUGCUCUAGAACUACAUGUGGGUAUUGGCGAGCACUGGACAAAAUCUGCCAAACCGCCUUUAGCUGAAGAUAAAUCCCUUGUUUCUAGGCUUGCGAAUUUACAGGCGAAAGUAGAUCGCAUCUUCAUCGAAAAUCCUGAAUUGCAUGGUCUACAGGAGAUAAUCCAAACAUACCGUGAAGACCCUGAUAACUAUCAUCCCUCAGUCUUGAAUACCACUGAAAGCCACCAGAACUCCGACACGGUCAUUAAUGAACCUAGAGACCCUGAGGAUAGUGUGCAAGUAAGAGGCGGGUUUUCCUUAGACGAAACCACAAUGGUCAACGCAGAGAAACAAGAGCUGAUUCUUAUCAGUUACCCUACCAUUAUUGAGUGCUAUAAUCUUUUGUCGCAGUUUCACCUGAUGGACAUACCCACGCUUAGUACUGAAUUGACUGAGAAGUUGAGCUUGACAAGGCUCAGCUCGGAAAGAUUAACAUGUCAGACAAUUGCAUGGCAAUUUCAUCUUCUCGUUGUAAAAAGUAUCAUAGUCAUUGAGGAGUUUGCUGCAAUGAUCAAGCACCAAACACUUAUUUCACAAAGUAUAGCGAAACGGAUGCAAAUUUUAGCGUCCAAGAUAUCUUCGUUGGAGCGAAAGCGGCAACUGGAAAACAAGUAUUAA